CCGCGCUCAGUCGGUUGCGCGCCGGUCGAGUGCGUGGAUGGUCCGUUCGCGGUGCUCGGUUAUUUGGUGGUCGUUCUCCCUUUGGUGUACCGGGCGAGGCUUUUAUGCAAGUUGCGAGGGACGGAACGGUGCCGCGGGGUGUCCUUGCGUGAGGGUGCACCCUUUUUAAGGGUUCCGCAGAAGUGAGCUGUUGGUCCGAUUGACAGAAUGACGACCGACAUCUCGGUGGUGCGCGGGGGUUGGGAUCCCACGCUGCAGCAGGAGAUUGUCGACGAGUACGAAUACGACGGAGGAAACUCGAGUUCAAGACUUUUCGAGCGCUCGCGUAUCAAAGCGUUAGCAGGUGAGCGUGAAUUAGUGCAAAAGAAGACCUUCCAAAAAUGGGUAAACUCUCACUUGGUCCGAUGUUCGUGCCGAAUCAGCGAUCUCUACGCCGAUCUACGGGACGGCAAGAUGCUGCUACGACUGCUGGAGAUCUUGUCGGGUGAGCGUUUACCGCGACCCACUAAGGGCAAGAUGCGCAUCCACUGCCUCGAGAAUGUGGACAAGGCGCUGCAGUUCCUUCGCGAGCAGCGCGUGCACCUGGAGAACAUGGGUUCCCACGAUAUCGUGGACGGAAACCCACGGCUCAGUCUGGGCCUCAUCUGGACGAUCAUCUUGCGAUUCCAAAUUCAAGAUAUCACGAUCGAGGAGACGGACAAUCAGGAGACGAAAUCAGCGAAAGACGCGUUGCUGCUCUGGUGCCAGAUGAAGACGGCUGGCUACCAUAACGUAAACGUGCGGAAUUUUACGACCUCCUGGCGCGACGGGCUCGCCUUCAAUGCAAUCAUCCACAAGCACCGCCCCGAUCUGAUCCAAUUCGAGAAACUGUCCAAGUCGAACGCGAUCUAUAAUUUGAACAAUGCAUUCAACGUUGCAGAGGACAAACUCGGUCUCACAAAACUUCUGGAUGCCGAGGACAUCUUUGUCGAUCAUCCGGAUGAGAAAUCCAUCAUUACAUACGUCGUCACAUACUACCAUUACUUCUCCAAGAUGAAACAGGAAACCGUGCAGGGCAAGAGAAUCGGUAAGGUAGUCGGCAUUGCAAUGGAGAACGAUCGUUUGAUACAUGAAUACGAGAGCCUGACGAGCGAGUUGUUGCGCUGGAUCGAGGCUACGAUCGAGGCACUGGGCGAUCGCAGGUUCGCGAACUCCUUGGUCGGCGUGCAAUCGCAGCUGUCGCAGUUCUCUAAUUAUCGCACGGUGGAGAAACCGCCCAAGUUCGUGGAGAAGGGUAAUCUCGAAGUGUUGCUGUUCACCCUGCAAUCGAAGAUGCGUGCGAACAAUCAAAAGCCGUACACGCCCAAGGAGGGUAAGAUGAUAUCCGACAUCAACAAGGCCUGGGAGAGACUGGAAAAAGCGGAACACGAACGAGAACUGGCACUGCGCGAGGAACUGAUUCGGCAGGAGAAGCUGGAACAACUGGCCGCCAGAUUCAAUCGGAAGGCGAGCAUGCGCGAGACGUGGCUGUCGGAGAAUCAGCGUCUGGUAUCUCAGGACAACUUCGGUUUUGAUCUAGCUGCGGUUGAAGCUGCUGCCAAGAAGCACGAAGCCAUAGAGACUGACAUAUUCGCGUAUGAGGAGCGUGUGCAGGCUGUAAUGGCGGUCUCGCAGGAGCUGGAGGCCGAGAAUUAUCACGAUAUCGAGCGUAUCAAUGCGCGCAAGGACAACGUGCUGCGACUGUGGAAUUACCUCUUGGAACUCUUGCGGGCACGGCGGAUGCGACUGGAGUUGUCAUUGCAGCUGCAGCAAAACUUCCAAGAGAUGCUGUACAUUCUCGAUAGCAUGGAAGAGAUCAAGAUGCGUUUGUUGACGGAUGAUUACGGCAAACACCUGAUGGGCGUGGAGGAUCUGCUCCAGAAACAUUCUCUCGUCGAGGCGGAUAUUAACGUGCUCGGCGAGAGAGUCAAGGCCGUCGUACAACAGAGCCAGAGAUUCCUAGAGCAUGGAGAAGGCUAUCGACCGUGUGAUCCAGGCAUCAUUGUCGAACGCGUUCAACAAUUGGAGAACGCGUACGCCGAGUUGGUCCGGCUAGCGAUCGAGCGUCGUACCAGGCUCGAGGAGUCUCGGAAGCUCUGGCAAUUCUAUUGGGAUAUGGCCGACGAGGAGAAUUGGAUAAAGGAGAAGGAGCAGAUCGUCUCCACGGGCGAUAUCGGUCACGAUCUGACUACCAUCAACUUGCUGUUGUCCAAGCAUAAAGCACUAGAGAAUGAGAUACAGUCGCACGAACCGCAGUUGAUGUCGGUCGCCGCAAUCGGCGACGAUCUGAUUCGACAGAAACAUUUCGGUGCGGAUCGCAUCCAGGAGCGCUUGCAGGAGAUCCUGGCCAUGUGGAAUCAUCUGUUAGAUCUGGCAGCAUUCAGGAGGAAGCGGCUCGUAGAAGCCGUCGACUAUCAUCAGUUGUUCGCGGACGCCGACGAUAUAGAUAUCUGGAUGUUGGAUACUUUGCGACUCGUCUCGUCCGAGGACGUCGGCAGGGACGAGGCGAACGUGCAAUCAUUGCUGAAGAAGCACAAGGACGUGACGGAUGAGCUCAAGAAUUACGCCGCGACCAUUGAUCAGCUUCAUCAACAGGCAUCUACAUUGGGCGAACAGGACGCUAAAUCAUCGGAGGUCUUGGAAAGAUUAACCUCGAUCGACAACAGGUAUAAAGAGCUUCUCGAGCUGGCGAAAGUACGCAAGCAAAGGCUGCUGGACGCCUUGUCGUUGUACAAGGUAUUCAGUGAAGCGGACGGAGUUGAACAAUGGAUCGGUGAGAAGAACAGAAUGCUGGAUACCAUGGUGCCCGCUAAAGACAUCGAGGAUGUGGAAAUUAUGAAGCACCGCUACAACGGCUUCGAGAAGGAGAUGAAUUCGAACGCGUCUCGCGUAGCUGUGGUGAAUCAAUUGGCCAGGCAACUAUUGCAUGUCGAACAUCCGAACUCGGAGCAGAUAAUCGCACGGCAGAACGAGCUCAAUCAGAAAUGGGCCGAGCUGCGCGAAAAGGCGGAGAGCAAGCGCGAGGAGUUGAACUCCGCACACGGUGUGCAGACAUUCCAUAUCGAGUGUCGCGAGACUGUUUCGUGGAUCGAGGACAAGAAACGUAUUCUGCAGCAAACCGACAGCCUGGAGAUGGAUCUGACUGGCGUGAUGACAUUGCAGCGCAGACUGAGCAGCAUGGAACGCGACUUGGCGGCUAUUCAGGCCAAACUGGAUGCGUUGGAAAAGGAAGCGGAGGUGAUACAGAAAGAACACCCUGAGGAGGCAGCGGUAAUACGUGAGAGGGUCACGCAGAUCCAUCUAAUCUGGGAGCAGCUGACGCAGAUGCUGAAGGAGCGCGAUGCCAAGCUCGAAGAGGCCGGCGAUCUUCACCGGUUCUUGCGCGACCUCGAUCACUUCCAGGCGUGGCUGACGAAGACGCAAACUGACGUUGCAAGUGAGGAUACGCCAACCAGCCUCGCUGAUGCCGAGAGACUACUUACGCAGCAUCAGAACAUCAAGGAAGAGAUCGAUAAUUACACGGACGACUACCAAAGGAUGAUGGAAUACGGUGAACGAUUGACGGCAGAGGCCAGUGACGGCGAUACGCAAUACAUGUUCUUGCGAGAGAGAUUAAACGCGCUCAAGAUGGGCUGGGAGGAAUUGCAUCAGAUGUGGGUAAAUCGUCAGAAUUUACUGUCCAAUUCUCUCAAUCUACAAGUAUUCGACCGCGACGCGCGCCAAGCGGAGGUCUUGCUAUCUCAACAAGAACACAUUCUGGCCAAGGACGAAACACCGGCGAACUUCGAGCAGGCGGAACACAUGAUCAAGCGUCACGAGGCUUUCAUGACCACUAUGGAUGCCAACGACGAGAAGAUCAACUCGGUCGUGCAGUUCGCCGGACGUUUGGUUGAUGAAGGGCACUUUGCAGCCGACAAAGUGAAGAAGAAGGCCGACAGCAUCAACGAGCGUCGUCGCGUGAAUCGCGAGAAGGCCAAUCAGCUUAUGGAGAAACUCAAGGAUCAGCUGCAGUUACAGAUGUUCUUGCAGGAUUGCGAGGAGCUUGGCGAGUGGGUGCAGGAGAAACAUAUCACUGCGCAGGACGAGACGUACAGAAGUGCCAAGACUAUUCACAGCAAGUGGACGCGUCAUCAGGCGUUCGAGGCGGAGAUCGCGAGCAACAAGGAUCGCUUGCAGCAGUUGCAACAGGCAGCUGACGAGUUGAUCCAACAGAAACCGGAUCUGGCGGAGAUCAUCAAGCCAAAAAUGACCGAGCUGGCAGAUCAGUUUGUAGAACUCGAGACCACGACUCACGACAAAGGUGAGCGAUUAUUCGACGCAAACCGCGAAGUUUUGAUACACCAGACCUGCGACGACAUCGAUUCAUGGAUGAACGAAUUAGAGAAACAGAUAGAGAGCACCGACACUGGCUCCGAUCUGGCAUCUGUGAAUAUACUGAUGCAGAAGCAACAGAUGAUAGAGACGCAAAUGGCGGUGAAGGCAAAGCAGGUCACCGAGCUCGACAAGCAAGCAGAACACUUGCAGCGUACCGUACCCGACGACAAGAUGGAGGAGAUCAAGUGCAAGAAGGAGAAAGUCGCCCAGAGAUUCGCCCAAUUAAAGGCGCCGCUGACUGAUCGGCAACGGCAUCUUGAGAAGAAGAAAGAGGCGUUCCAGUUCCGACGCGACGUCGAGGACGAGAAACUGUGGAUCGCCGAGAAAAUGCCGCAGGCGACCAGUACAGAGUACGGCAACUCGCUAUUCAACGUACACAUGCUGAAAAAGAAGAAUCAAUCGCUGCGCACAGAGAUCGAGAAUCACGAGCCAAGAAUCAAUCUGGUAUGCAACAACGGCCAGAAACUGAUCGACGAGGGACACGAAGAUAGUCCCGAGUUCCGCAAAUUGAUAUCCGAGCUGACGGAGAAGUGGCGCGAGCUGAAGGAUGCGGUGGAUGACCGAAACAAGCACCUGUUACAGAACGAGAAGGCGCAGCAGUACUUCUUCGACGCCACCGAGGCGGAAUCAUGGAUGAGUGAGCAGGAAUUGUACAUGAUGGUAGAGGAUCGCGGCAAAGACGAGAUCUCUGCCCAGAAUCUGAUGAAGAAACACGAAUCACUGGAGCACGCGGUCGAGGACUACGCAGACACAAUUCGCCAGCUCGGUGAGACCGCCAGGCAGCUCAUAAAUGAUCAGCACCCACUAGCUGAUCAAAUCGCCGUGAAGCAGUCGCAGGUGGAUAAACUGUACGCCGGCUUGAAGGACCUGGCAGGCGAGCGACGCGCCAAGUUGGACGAGGCGCUUCAGCUAUUUAUGCUGAAUCGCGAGGUAGACGAUCUGGAAAAGUGGAUCCAGGAGAGAGAAUUGGUCGCCGGCAGCCACGAGCUCGGUCAAGACUACGAUCAUGUAACUUUGCUCUGGGAGAGAUUCAAGGAAUUCGCACGCGACACCGAGGCGAUUGGUUCCGAGCGCGUGGAAGCUGUAAACGGCAUCGCCGAUUCUCUGAUUGCCACUGGACAUUCGGACGCGGCAACCAUUGCCGAAUGGAAAGAUGGUUUGAACGAGGUCUGGCAGGAUCUGCUCGAACUCAUCGAGACGCGCACGCAGAUGCUGGUGGCGAGCCGCGAGCUGCACAAAUUCUUCCACGAUUGUAAGGACGUUCUUAGCAGGAUCCUCGAGAAGCAGAACGCCAUGUCGGACGAACUGGGUCGCGACGCCGGUUCGGUAUCAGCCCUCCAGCGCAAGCAUGGCAAUUUCGUCCAAGACCUGUCCACGUUGCAAAGCCAAGUGACGCAAAUCGAGGAGGAGUCCGCAAAAUUGCAGGCGAGCUACGCCGGCGACAAGGCGCAAGAGAUCACGAAUCGCGAGGCUGAGGUCGUAGCGGCAUGGAACAAUUUGCAGUCCCUGUGCGAAGGCAGGCGAGCCAAACUGGAGGAUACCGGCGACCUGUACAGAUUCCUCAACAUGGUCAGGACCCUGAUGAUCUGGAUGGAUGACGUUGUGCGUCAGAUGAACACGUCCGAGAAGCCGCGCGACGUUGCCGGCGUCGAAUUGCUCAUGAAUAAUCAUCAGAGCUUGAAAGCGGAGAUCGAUGCCAGGGAGGAUAAUCUGAUGGCGUGCAUCAAUCUCGGGAAGGACUUGCUGGCCAGAAAUCAUUAUGCUAGCGUGCAGAUCAAGGAGAAAUUGGCGGCGUUGACUGAUCACAGGAAUGCGUUAUUACACCGGUGGGAGGAGCGCUGGGAAAAUUUACAACUCAUUUUGGAGGUUUACCAAUUCGCCCGAGAUGCGGCAGUCGCUGAAGCAUGGCUAAUCGCUCAAGAACCAUAUCUGAUGAGCCAGGAACUCGGUCAUACUAUCGACGAAGUCGAAAACUUGAUCAAGAAACACGAGGCUUUCGAAAAAUCGGCAGCUGCGCAGGAGGAAAGGUUUAGUGCCUUGCACCGACUUACUACUUUCGAACUAAAAGAAUUAAAACGACGAGAGCAAGAAAGAGAAGAAGAAGAAAGACGCAAGAAGGAAGAGGCGGCAGCCGCGGAGGCUGCACGUCUGGCCAAGGCAACGCCCGUUACAAGCCCAGACGAGCCACCCAGUGAAAGAGCUGAGACCGACGGAGCGAGCGGAGUUGCCGGAGAAGAUGAAGGACACGUGGCACAUCGUAAGGCUUCCACACGUACACCACAGCCUCAAGACAAGCCCAAGGAAGUGCAUGCACAAAAGCCUAGGCAACUGUCUUUCCGGGAGGGAGGAGGGACCACUCCGCCUGUUACGCCAACCUCUGCCAAACCGCCGCAUGGUCCCCGCACACCGACAACCCCGAAAGGCAGCUCCGAGUCUGGCGCUUUAAGGCGUAAGGAACGCAGCCGCAGCAAGUCGCCGUUCCGCAGCUUCCGCUGGAGGAAGUCCGCCAAGUCGCCGAGUUUAGAUCGCAGUGGCGUGAGUGACGAUGAGCACAGCAUCCCCGAACAACGAAGUCCGAGCGACGACGAGUUCGAGGGGGUGUUGCAGCGGAAGCACGAGUGGGAGAGUACGACGAAGAAAGCGUCCAACCGCUCCUGGGACAAGGUGUACAUGGUCGUGCGCGGGCAGAGCUUGUGUGUAUAUAAGGACCAGAAGUCGUACAAAGCGUCGCCCGAUCAGCCGUACAAAGGAGAAACUCCCCUUGAUCUACGAGGCGCGACUAUCACCGUAGCGAGUGAUUACACUAAGAAGAAACAUGUCUUCCGAGUCAAGUCGCAAAGCGGAUCCGACUUCCUGUUCCAGGCCAAAGACGAUGCGGAGAUGAACGACUGGGUGUCCGUGUUGAAUCAAGCGGCGCAGGGAACAUCAGGCGCGGGCACGUCCAGGGCUCACACCCUGCCCGCACCGACACAAGCCGAGACCAAGCGGCGUAGCUUCUUCACUCUCAAGAAGAACUAAACUGGAGCAGUGAGAAGUACGGUAUAAGCCGCUCGUAAUGCAUCUGUACAACAUCGUGUUUAAUGAGAAAUGUUUCGUCGCUCUACAUGGUUAAAGCAACGCUAAUGUAAUGAUUAGAGAAGACAUGGGCCACGGUGAUACGAUGUGAGACGAAAUGGAGGAUUGGACGAGUCCUUGAAAACAAAAACCGCCUACGUUCGAAGAACGGAGAUAUUUAACGGUUAUAUGUUGAUAUUUACAAGUGUAGGCUAAUUGAAAGUCUAAUUGAAUUUAGUUCUUCGAUGAAUCCUUUUGGACACUUUGCAAUAUUGCUAGUUGGCGAACAAGCGACAUUUAAAAAUGUCCCACGUUAGCGUGAUCGAUUUUUGAUUCCGUCAUAUUUUACGUGCACAUCUCUCUUGUCGCGCGCUAAGAUGCACAAUCAUUUUUUCCCGUCAUUCUGUGAGAUGAACGAUGUCUUCUUUAUGGUACAAAAUAUUCUGUAAGUUUCUGCAACGCGCCUCCGUGAAGUCGGCGAGUCGGUUGAGCCGAUUUAUAUAAAGCUGAUCAUUUGAUAGAAGACGACCUCUCGCGUCCGCGAAGAACUCGUAAAUCGUGAGGCAGACGUAUCUUGGAUUUGCAAUAACAAUUUACAAUUAGUAUACGUUACGGCCAUUCGGAUUUCUAUGAUUCGAAGAUGAUUUUUUUAACAUUUUGACGCAUUUUCUUGCAUUUCACGCAGAUAUCCUCGCGUUGUAGGAGAGGUAUCGGAUCUCUGAUCGCGUUAAGGAAGGCUACUGAUUGAUUGAAACCACGUUGAUUGCUUAGGUAUCGCUUUCAUCGUCAUAUAUUAUUGCACCGCAGUAUUUUACUUGACUUUAUACCUGCAAACGCGUCGGUUUGCGUUGGAAUGACUGCCAUAUAUUUUAAGGGCCACACUAACUUGGGACAUAACAUUAUAUAAAUAUAUAUAUAUAUAAACUAGCUUUUAACGAAUUGUUAAAUAUGCUGCGCCCCUAGAGGGAAAAAUCGCAUUGAAGGAUUAUAAAGAGGAUGUAAUAACUAACAAAGGAGAGUUUCCCCUCCCCCCUUUACGAUCCCGAGUAUCACGAUUCUGCUGAAUUGGGAGAAUAUUCAAGUUCUCCGGACACGCGUCAGGCGGGCGCUUCAAAUCAUUUCACGUUCGUCGUUCAUCAUUGCGCGACUCAUUCUUGUUGCGCCUUGCUUGACGCGAAUCCGACAACUUUACAUUACUUUUGUAAUUGUUAAUCAGUUUUUUAUAUAUUUAUCACGUUCUUGUCUCGUUUCUUAGAGUGUAAGUGUCUUUAUUGCGUCAACUUUUACGAGCUCUUUUGCUUCGAACUCUUUCGGUUCAGCAUAAAAUUACAGGGGUAUUCUUGUGACUGUGCGUCUCGUGGCGUUGUCCCGCAAGCUCGAUGCGACUCGACUGAAUCGAUCUAAUAUCGUAAAUUGUCCUUUGAAACUAAAUUCUUUAUCUCUUUCCCUAGUGAUAGUCUCCGCAAAUACCCAAGUUCUUCGCAUCGUCGUCUAAGCUUACUACGGAGACUACUUGUAUAUACAUACGGAGCAUGAAUACACGCAUCAUUCGCGCGCGGAUGAUCAAUCCUAAUCAAAAGCACGUCGUACGCUCUUGCUUCUAUGGUUUCGUGUAUGCGCAUUUAGCGGAUGAGAAGUGGUGGAUAUCAAAGAGUCGCAUUGCUAACACAAGAUUUGGUAUGUCAUACAUAGCUAUGUGUUUUAUAUAUAAAUAUGAAUAUAGAUAUAUAUAAAUACAGAGAU